AUGGUCUUGCCUAUAAUCAUUGGCGUGGGCGCCACAGUGUUGGCUCUUUCUGGGAAAGCCUUAGCAGGUACGGUCCAUCGGUUCAACCGGCUUUCUCCACAGAUGAUCGCCACCCUAAAUAAAAUACGCUUGGAUGGCCCGGGCGACUCGUCGCUCAACAGGCUGGCCAAUGAGCCAUCUCAUAUAAAAUAUCUCAAGUCGCGGUUCAACAACACCGGUUUCGAGAGCAAGAUGACCGAGCGUGAGGCGCUUCUAGUGUUGGGAAUCGAGGCAAGCGAAAUCUCGGGUUUGACCCGAGACAUUUUGAAACUGCAUUAUAGAAAACUCAUGAUCAUGAACCACCCAGACCGCUCCGGAAGUGUUUAUUUGUCGCAGAAAAUCAAUCAGGCCAAGGACGUAUUGGACAACAGUUACUUGUUGAAGAAGUGA